GCGUUUGUGCGCGUGUAUUCGAAGGCGCGUGGUAGUGAUGGCGGCGCUCAGUGAGACUUUCCUGUCACUGGAUACUACUACUCCCAACCCUCCUCAAAGCCGCCAGAGCAACCCCCAGGUCUUUAGUUUACAAGUGGCAAUUUGACUUGCUUUGCUGCAUGUCUGGAGGGACCAAGGAAAGUGUGGAGACGCCCUGGGGAUUAGGUGAUCGCAGCUUGAAAAGAAAAAAAGCCAAACAAAUAAACAAAACCCACCCACCCUAACAAAUAUGAGGCUGCUGGAGAGAAUGAGGAAAGACUGGUUCAUGAUCGGAAUAGUACUGGCGAUCGCCGGAGCUAAACUGGAGCCGUCCAUAGGGGUGAAUGGGGGACCAUUGAAGCCAGAAAUAACUGUAUCCUACAUUGCUGUUGCAACAAUAUUCUUUAACAGUGGACUAUCAUUGAAAACAGAGGAGCUGACCAGUGCUUUGGUGCAUUUAAAACUGCAUCUUUUUAUUCAGAUCUUCACGCUUGCAUUCUUCCCAGCUACAAUAUGGCUUUUUCUUCAGCUUUUAUCAAUCACACCCAUCAAUGAAUGGCUUUUAAAAGGUUUGCAGACAGUAGGUUGCAUGCCUCCACCUGUGUCUUCUGCAGUGAUUUUAACCAAGGCAGUUGGUGGAAAUGAGGCAGCUGCGAUAUUUAAUUCAGCCUUUGGAAGUUUUUUGGGCAUCGUUAUAACACCCCUGCUACUGCUGCUUUUUCUUGGCUCGUCUUCUUCUGUGCCUUUCACAUCUAUUUUUUCUCAGCUUUUUAUGACUGUUGUGGUUCCUCUCAUCAUUGGACAGAUUGUCCGAAGAUACAUUAAGGAUUGGCUUGAGAGAAAGAAGCCUCCUUUUGGUGCUAUCAGCAGCAGUGUGCUUCUCAUGAUUAUCUACACAACCUUCUGUGACACGUUCUCUAACCCAAAUAUUGACCUGGAUAAAUUCAGCCUUGUUCUCAUACUGGUCAUAAUAUUUUCUAUCCAGCUGAGUUUUAUGCUUUUAACCUUCGUCUUUUCAACAAGGAAUAAUUCGGGUUUCACACCAGCAGACACAGUUGCUAUCAUUUUCUGUUCUACACACAAAUCCCUCACAUUGGAUUCCUGUGGACUACACGAGAUAGCCCAUCCAAGAGUUUGCUGUGCUGCGUGGCACUUGGUGAGUACUCUAUAAAGUGUAGCUAUUCUUAUCAAUUACUAAUAACACUGUUAGUUAUAGCUAUGUUACCACUUCCAAGGUUGUAGUACCCCUGGUCUUAGAGAUUUUCAUGUAACCAGUAUGUUUUAGUUGUUGACCUCAAGGAAAUCAUCUUCCACUUCUUUCCCACGUGUGUUGUUGUCAUGUACUGUCUGGUGUUUCAGGUCUUCUAAAACCUUAGGGACCUUUAUAAAAGUUAGUGAGUCUAGAUAUACAGAGUGCAGCGACUGAAUGAGCCUGUCUCUUUAGAGCACAGGCUGAACUGUGGCUGCACCAAAUACAUUCCCACAUUUCUGCAAUGGGCUUGCAAACUUGACCCACUUUUCUUUUUUUUUUUUAAUUUUACUUUUAAGUUCUGGGAUACAAAAGGACUUGCUUUUGUCAGGAAAACCAAAAAGGGUUUUCUCUGUUUCUCUAUGAUGUUCUUCUGUGCUAGAGCUGGUUGUACCGAACAAAGAGCAAGACGCAUACCUAAGAAGCACACAGCAGUGUGAUCAGUGUGCUUUUCUAUAAGCAGAAUAUCCACCCAUUCAGGGUUUUUUGUCUUUUUUAUUUUUCUUAAUCCCAAAGUCAUACUUUUCUGUCCUUCAUAAUUUCCAAAAGCUGAUUUUCAGGCAAACAGGUGCUAUGAAGUAGUUGUUUUGCUGAAAAGGGUUGGGUUAAAUUGGAUUUCUGUUUGCUUUUGCAGUGUUCUACCAUGAAAUAGAUCCUCCGAUAAGAUGCUGUACUAGUGUGGCAUCUACGUAAUCAUGUAUAUAAAUCCUUAGCUACUUUCAGAACAUAAUAGACAUAGGCUCUCUUGGAAUUAUAAGACCUAAAUACUCAGCCUCACUCUUCCAUUGAUAUUUUCCUGGGCCUCAGUUUCCUUGGUUCUAAGAUUAGGUAAUUUUACUUCCAGCUCCAAUAUUCUGUCAUCCCUUGAUUAUAUUUGGCUUCUGUCUUAUAGUCUCUUAAGUAGUAUUUAUAAACAUGUUCUCUUUGCUGCUCCCUUAUCUCAGACAGAUCAACCGUAUUUCCACAUACAGCAAGGGAUGAUUAGAUGCUAAUGCUAGAAUGACCUUAUUAAGCACUAUAAAUUUACUGUAUCCAUUUUCACAAGAUCCAAUACAUGUCACCCUCUACUGGUGAGCUCACAUCUCUGGUACAGAGGAUAGGCCAUGACAGUGACCUGAGAUACAGGCUAAUAAUAUUCCUAAUGGAAAUUCUUUUUCAUUUGUUUUUAUUUUUAAAUAAGCUUUAUUUUUUUAAAAGCAGUUCUUGGCUCACAGCAACAUGGAGUGGAACAUAUGUAUAGAGAUUUCCCACAUACCGCUUGACCCCAUACACGCACAGCCUCCACAUUAUCAACACCCCUGCAUGAAAAUGCAAGUACAUCACAAGGAGUAUGAAGAAUUCAUGGUCCAGAAAGCGAGGGGAAAUUUUAGGUAAUAUCAUUUACAGUUAUUUAUUCUCUCACCACUUACAUGAAGAUGAAAUAUAACAGAUUGUGAUAUACCUACUUGGUAUAUUUUAAAAAUGCAUCUUUCCCUUUGUAGUCACUGUCAUAUUUCUUCUGUUUAUAUAUGUGUGUGUAUAUAUGUAUAUACACAUCUUUAACAUCUCACAUAGAAUACAUUUAAGUGAAACAAAAUACCAUUCAUUAUUACAUCUAGUAUUUGUAUUUAAGAAUAAAUCAUUGCAGGCCAAGAGGUAACCAUGUAACUAAUGAACCAAAGAUGAAAACUCUUGCUCGAGAAGCUUUCUGAAUAUCCCUUAUAUACACCUUCGAUUUAUUUUAUUGUUCUUGCUUUUGCCCUGUCUCAGUCUCUUUCAUGUACUUGCAUCUACACGCAUGCUGAAUUUGAUUCAUUGCUUUUAUUAGUGCAUUUGCCAUUGAUUGAUUAGUUCUUCGUAUUAGUACUUUUUCUAUUGAUUGAUUGCAGAUGAAGUGACUAUUUGACCUUUAAUUAUGAGGCUUCCUAUUGAAAAUGACAUUGAGCUAUGGCUUCACAUAAUCCAUCUGGAAAGCCUGACAUGAUGCCAUUCCCUGGAGUUCGUUCAGGAAGAAAGAGGAGGCCUGAAGGAAGUGCAGAGCUAUCACUGUGCUUCAUCUAAAACAAUACUACAGGGCUUGUUUGCUGCUCUCCUAUAGUUUCAGCUCAGGGUUGGAGGUAAUUUUAUAUUUUGUCAAGACAGCAUCACUUGCUGUGUGUUGCCGUAAAAGCCCUGAACUCUCCCAAAUUAUUCUCUAGUUUGAUGGCAAUUUUAGUGUAAUAAUGAAAAGAUAUUUUACAUAGCAGAGAUUGAAGAACAGCUUGUAUCCUAGUUAAUAAUGGCUCAGUGCACAGUCAGUCAAUAGAUCCCAUCAAGAAAGGAAUUAAAUCCAAGAUAUCCUGUGGAAUCGGUAUUUUACUUUUAUCUUAUUUAUCUUUUUCUUUUGAGUAUUCAAAUCACUUUGCUUAACUAGAUUUCCAAUAUAUGCAGAAAACUUUCUCCCUACACUUAGCAAGCAAAUGUUUCAGGGCAUUUGAGGUCCUUAAGCAUGUUUGUAUUAGUUUUUAAUACAAAUUAGUUUUUAAUGUUUUUAAAUAGCAAACUGAAAGCACAUAACCUCAGAGUAUGUCAGCUGACUACUGGCAGUCAAUGGUGAGACUCCAAAUUUUUUAUUUCCAAAAGCACUUCUGAAUUGAAUGAAUGCCACUUAAAAAUUAAGUAGAGUAUCAUCAUCAAUGCUGAUUAAAAGUUCACUGUAUAUCUUGUUGUUUACAGACACUUGUGUACAAAGGCAAAUCAAGGCAACUAUUCCUUACAUUGUUUAUAUGUACUUAAGUAUGGGUCUAGUUGCAGUUACACAGCUUAACUAUGACAAGAAACUAUGCAUUAAGCUAAAAGAAUACAGCUUUCUGGUAGACAGAGGAUUCUAGAAAGAGUAGAAAGAGCACAUUCUGAAUCUAGCCUGGAUUUGUGUUCCAAUUCUCUCCCCAAAAUCUGGAACAAAUCACUUAACUGCCAUGGGCCUCAUUUCCUCAUCCAUGCAAUGAGAAGAUGGACAAAAUGAUACUUGAGAUUCCUUCCAGCAUUAAGUUUCUGUGAGUCUGUGGCUGAUAUUUCUGCUCUAUGAAAUAAAAAGUUUACCUAUUAUAUGUGCAAAAGAAAUGAGUUAUUGAAAUGAAUAGUUAUGUAAAUAAUGUUAAAAUAUUACAGGAAAGGAAAUAUCACUAUAGCUUCUUCUUAAAGAGGUUAAAAAAUAAUCUUCAGACCCCCCCACCAAAGUCUCUUAGGAGAAACACAAUCUUAAAAGGAUCUUGUUUUCCAUUUGAUUGGAAGUUUUUUAGGAAUGUUAAAAAAUUACCUACAGCUUGAGCCCAAAGUCUCAUUUAAUAACAUUUGAGUCAUUUUAUCAAGAGGAAAUUGAAUUGAAAUACAAAAGUUGGCAUUUCUGGUGCUAUUUUCAUACAAAGCCUAUUCUACUUGGCACAUAAAGACUCUUAAUAAAACUACUCUACAAUUGCACAACAAUUACUUAAAGCUCUUAACCCUGUAAAUAAUGUUACCUAAACAAUCUUGAAUAUUAGCAAGUCAGUAAUUGUUGCCUUCUUGUGCAUACAAAUAAAUGAAAGCAUAGGAAAAAAAAUCUUUCAACUUAUCCCAGAUCAUAUCCCAGAAACUAUAUCCCAGGCCUCCUAACUUCCAGAACUGCUUUGGAUUAUAAAACAUAAAAACACUUGGAAGACCAAAAAUUGCUCCACUGGUUCCAAGUAUCAUAAAUGUUCAGUCUUGGUAUGGGUUUGAAUUGUUUAAAAAAGAAAAUUAUUUCUGAUUACACUGCUGUUAUAAGACAGUUUUAAAAUACUGGACAUUUAUAAUUGCUCCCAUAAACAUAUAUCUCCAUGUGGCCCAGUCAUAAACUGGUACUCAUUUCUUACAUUUUCUUCAUUAUUAAUAAAAAGUUAUAUUCUAUUUAAAGUAAAUCUAGUGAGCCAGGCCUACCUUUCGUGAGGCAACACUGUCUGUACUCCAUUCUUGCAUACUAAGAGCCACAAGUGCUGUUUCACAAUAACCCAUUAAGGUAGAAAUAGAAAUCCAGAGGAAUGACAGAAAAGAAAAGACUAUCUUUGGAGUAUAGCCAUAAAUAUAUUUCUGUCAUGCAGUUUCUUCCUGAGUUACAGUUCCAUGAGGAAAGGCAGUUUGGGAGUCUUUGCCAUUUGACAGAUUCUUAAAGAUGCUGCUAAAAUUAUGGACCUAAUAGAUUUUUACCACCAGGCUAAAGAAAAGUGAGGGAGUGUCUGUCAUUUUGUGCUAUUUUCUGAUCCACAUAAAGAAAGAGAGAAAUGUAAGUUCUCAAACAAAGUGAUACAGUAAUGUUCUUUAGAGAUUUUUGAACUAUUUUUGGUUUGGAUUUUGUAUUCUGAAUUUGGUAUCUGAAAAUCAUUGCUAGCAUAUCUAGACUUCAUAAUCAAAAUAUAGAAAGUCCCCAGGGUUCUAGACAGCAAGUAUGAAAUUACAGCUAUUAAAACUUCUCUGAAAGAUCUCCAGCUUGACCCUCAACUACCAUUCAUCUUAGUGAUAUACCAGAUGUUUGCCCUGAUACUCCCAUGCUCCCUUCCUCCUCUUCCUCGUCAAAUGUUUUUAACCACAACAUACGUUUAGAAAUAUGUUUUACAGUGUGAUCCAGAAUUGAUCUUGCAGCUUACUAAUGGGUUGUAAUCCAAGGUCUAAAAAAGAUUGCUUUAUACCUUGCUUAGCAAGAAGGUUUUAUCUUCUUCCUCAAAUAGUUACCAGGUAGGCUUUGGUUUCUGCUAUCCCUUUUUCGGCGAAAUUUUUUUUUAGAUGGGGUCUCACUCUCACACAGGCUGGAGUGUAGUGGCAUGAUU